AUGACCCAAACCACGACGAGAAAUCCGAGAAGACGUUAUCGACAACGUAGGCAGGAGGUCGGAGGAGAUAGCAAUAUGGGAUCGUCGGCGGUUAACGAUGGUGUUCAUUCUUUGCAGAGUGACAAGGGAUCAUGUUGUACUCCAAAGGGGAAAGGGUUCAAAAUACCGGAGAUUUUGGCUUGUCCGCCGGCUCCGAUGAAACCCAAAGUUGCUCAGAAGCUAUUGUCGAGUACUAGGAACUUCAUUGCUUCCCAAGAUGUGGAGAUCUUCUUCUUCCUUGCAUUUCAAAAAUGUCAUUAG